UUGACAUUUCAUCUGUGACCUACAAAUGUGCGCGAGCGCAACGCGCAACGCCAUCCCUAAAAUUAUAGUUACUUUUUAUUGCAAAUUCACUCAUCAUUUAUUUAUUUUCUAUUUAAUACUGGUUUCAUCGCAUUGCUGAUUAUAUUUUAUAAACAUUGAAGGAAAAAUGACUGACAUAGGGGAUGAUAAAAACACGGACCGUGUUUAUGGUGGUUGUGAAGGGCCAGAUGCUAUGUAUGUAAAGCUGAUUUCUUCUGAUGGACACGAAUUUAUAGUCAAAAGAGAACAUGCUUUAACUUCUGGCACUAUCAAGGCUAUGCUCAGUGGUCCUGGACAGUUCGCUGAAAAUGAAGCUAAUGAAGUGAAUUUCAGGGAAAUUCCGUCGCACGUUCUGCAGAAAGUCUGUAUGUAUUUCACUUACAAAGUGCGAUAUACAAACAGUUCUACAGAAAUUCCUGAAUUUCCUAUUGCUCCUGAGAUUGCAUUGGAGCUUUUAAUGGCUGCUAAUUUCUUAGAUUGUUGAAAAAAAUAAACAAUGUGAUUAUUUUCAAAGCGAAACAAAGGCUGUAUGCAGUAUCUAUGAUAGUAGAAUUGUGAGACUAUUUCACUGAAUUGCAUGCUCUAUAUCUUAAAAGAUUUCUGUAUGAAGUUAUUAUUUAUUAAUUUAAAAGGUGUCAUUUUUCUAAGGUGCUAAAAUAUUUUGGAUGAAUGAAGAAUGUGCAUUUUUUAAAAUUCCAUAGUUAAUAUAAUUUUCUUGAAUUUACCUUUUAUAAUAAUUCAUUAUUACUUUUAUUUUUGGUAAUUCAUAUGUACUACAUAAAUAAUAACUUCAUGUAUUGAAUAUUUUAUGAUCAUUAAGCAUUGAUAUCCAAAUUUUAAAUAUUGAAAUAAUGAUAAUUUUUUUGUGCCUCUGCAUGCAGUCAUAGACUCCAGUCCAUAAUUUAUGCAUAGAUACUCUGUUCUACCAUUAUUUAUGUUUUAUUUUCUCCUAACUGUAUAAAUGAUCUUAUUAUAGAAUACUUUUCAUACAUACAUAUUCUCAUUUGUAAAUGUUAAAUAAAAAAAAAUUUUUGUUAUUCUUUUACAUUUCAAUUUCAUUUCAUCUUACAAGCCUAUUGAAUUUUGUUUUGAAGUCAUUAGAUAAAUAUGUCGUAUAUUGUGUUCAUAUCACUUGUCAUAUUGUGUGAUAUUAACUGUAUUUACCUAGAAGUUAUGAAUUUUUGUUGUAAUUGACAAGUCUCAAAGUUUCAUGCUUUGCAGAAUGUUUAUAUCAUUACAUUUUAAAUAAUAAAAUCAACUUCCUAAUA